AUGGAGCCAAUCGUAGAGGAGGUGGCUACCCAUGCGGCCGAAUCAUUGGUAGAUAAAGCAAUGCAAGAACUCAAAUACUUGUGUCGUUACAAGACCUACGUUGACGACUUCGAAGAGGAGAAGACAAGUUUGAGUGCAAGAAGAAACACAGUGCGUAAAGAUAUUGAAGAUGCCAAGCACCGAAAUGAGAAUGAGGUUGAAGAUGAAGUUGAACUGUGGUUAGAAAGAGCCAAUGGUCUCAUAGGAGAAGACACAAAAGGAAAUAAGAAAUGUUUUGGUUUGGUCACUAACUGCUUUUGGCAGUACAAGCGAGGCAAGGAGCUGGAAGGGAAGACGCAAAGGAUUAAACAACUGAUGGAACAGAGUAACUUCGCUCGUGUUGCUCGUUCGACUGGGCUUCCAGGCAUCGAGUUCUAUUCUUCUUCAAAUUUUAUGACUUUUGAGGAUAGAAAGUUGAUCUCUGAGAAGCUGAAGGAGGCAUUGAAAGAUGACAACAAGUUUAUGAUUGGAUUGUAUGGGCUAGGUGGAACAGGGAAAACCACGAUGGCAAUAGAAGUAGGUAAAGAUGUGGCAUCAAAGUUGUUUGACAAAGUCAUCUUCAGUGUUGUCUCAAAGGAUGCAAACUUGAAAAAUAUUCGGGACAACAUUGCAAAACACUUAGAUUUGCCUUUACCUGAAGGAAAGAAUGAAUCUGAGCAAGCGCAAAAAUUAUGGAAAAGAAUAGCAGAAGGUGGAGAAAAGGUACUUAUAAUACUAGAUGACAUGUGGGAAAAGCUUACACUGCGAGAUAUAGGGAUUCCUCCGGGCUGCCAUGCAAGGGUCAUUGUGCUGUUUUGCUAA